AUGACCGGUCGCCGUUUUUUCGCCUGGAGGAUGUUUCCAGCCGCUAAGGCACAAGAUGAUAGAAAUUUUAACACAAGUGUGGAAGCAAGAGCUCGAGCGUCUUUUGAUCCUUUGCUACAUCUCACGGAGAAACAAUUUAGAGAGCGAUAUCGUCUUACCAAAAAAUCAUUCAAGUUCUUGUGCGCAGAACUAAGGCGCACAACUAAUUUAAGGUCCACUCAACGUAUGUCUUUGGAACAUAAAGUGCUCACUGCUCUAUUUUUUUUGCAACUGGAUCCUAUCAACGGCCGGUAG